AUGAAGAAUAGGAAGACUUUCCUACUGGAAAGCCAAAAGCCCACUGCCCGAGUGGCUAAGGAGGAUCAUGGACCAGUGGGGAAAGUGAUUUUUGAGUAUGUGACAGAGUUCUUCAAAGAGCAGGGGUCGAUUGUAAAUUGGAUUAGUGGGAAUUCAGCAUUGCUGACGUUCCUCAGCAAUUUGGCAACGAUGAUUGCGGUGUAUUCGCUUGCCUUUACAUGGAGCUAUGGGCGGGUCACCUUCCGGUGGAAUGUAAAAACAGUUGGCAGAAGCAGGAAUAUGUGGAGGAACAACGAACACGGAUUGCAGCAUAACCUCCGGUUAUGGAACUAUAACGGCCACAAGGAUGCAAUAAUUCAAGAAGCAAAAGAUUGGAGUAUGCAGAAAGAGAAAGGGAAAGGGAAAAAGAAGAGAAAUUGA